UGAUGAGCAUAUAUAUAAUGCAAGGGAAUUUGAGUCAGAGAAAGAAAAUGAAGAUCAACCUUUGGAAGAAAAUGAAGUCCAAGAACAAAAUGAAGACCAAGAAGAAGAUAACAAUGAAUAUAUUACUGAUCAUCAAGAAGAUAUUUCUCUCAAACCAUAUGUUGGCAUGGUGUUUGAUUCUGUGGAUGAGGCUUGUGAAUUUUAUAAUAGCUAUGCAUACAGAAAAGGGUUCAGUGUGAGAAAAGGUGCAAUAAAAAAAUCUGAGAAAGAUGGUAGUAUUAUUGGCCGGCGUCUGUAUUGCUCUAAAGAAGGUUAUAGAGAAGAAAGAUUUAAGAAGAAUGAAGCCAACAAGAAGAAACAUACUUGUUAAAAUUUGCUUUGCAUCAAGUCUUUUUGUGAGUUGCACUUGUUAUAAGUUUGAGUUUACAGGGCUAUUAUGUCGUCACAUACUUAAGGUAUUCAUUGUGGCUAAUGUGGAUAAUAUUCCAAGAGAAUUCAUGUUAAAACGUUGGACAAGAGAUGCAAAAUAUGGGAAGGUUUUUGAUGAAAAUGGCCAAUAUAUAGAAGAAGACCGUCAAGCUCAUUUAACACUCAGAUACAGUACUCUUUCACAUGAAGCAUCAGACAUUGCAACCAAGGGGUCUUGCUCUAUUGAAGUUUAUAAAGUGGCUAUGCAUUGGUUGAGGAGGACAAGGGAAGAGGUUGAGAAGGCAAUUAAAAUGCAAAACAUUGAAAUUUCAAAUAGCAACAAUGGAGAGGGAUCAUCACAACAAGCAAUUACAUCAACUGAAGUAACAAUCCAUGACCCACCACUAGCAAAAUGUAAAGGAAAUGGCAAAAGAAAGAAAGCAUUUUGGGAGAAAAAUCACAAGAAGAAGAAGUCCAAAGUUGUUGAUGAUGGACUUAAGGGACGUGCAAUGAAUGGUCAAGAACUGUUAGGGCAUGCCAUGAGACUAGAUCUUGCCAAUGAAAGUGUUUCUUAUCCACCAACCAAUGGGUAAGAAGAUUAACUAUUAUUAAAGCUUCUAAUGGGGCAAUGAGACGAUAUGAUGGAGUUGCAUUGGUUAAUUACUGUGUCUAAAAAUCUUUGUUCUGCUGAUCAAUCAGAUUCAUGCUUCUUUGAGUUGCCAAAGCAAAAGACAUCUUCACUUGAUGUUCAUUGAGGCAUUCCCGUUGUCAGUGUCUUUUGAUGUUAACAUGUUGUACUACUUUAAAUUCCCAGACCGCAUUUAUGCGUUGCAGUCACAUCUCUAAAUAAGUAUGUAGCUAUAAAACUGUUGUAUAUCAUUGAACUUUCCAGGCAGCUACUAAAA